CUCUCUCUCUCUCUGCUGUCAUACCCGCAAGUUAUUGAUUCUAUCUCCACUUUACCGUAACAUUUGCUCUUGUGAUAGCUGCACUUGUAUGUAGUGGGGCAGGGAACACAUGGCAUGCCUUUAAAUGACCACAGCCAGAUCAAUGUUUUUUCCGAUCUUUAUACCAUUUCCAUUCCCCUGCGAUAUGUAUCGUGGAAGAAGAUAUUAUAUAAAUCAUCACGCGACACCAAACAGGAGUGUGGUGAUGCUUGGAGGCCUUCCUGAUGAUUUUCUUCGUGUAGGCUCGACACCAUCACAGUCACAGGAGGAGUUUGAUCGAGCAGCUGCUAUGCACCUGCAGCACCAAAUGUAUGCUCAAUCACAACAAAAUGUGGGGAGGCUCCAGAUGACUAUUGUGUCUGCAGUUUUGAAUAAGAACUAUGGAAUGACACGCAUGGAUCCAUAUGUACGAGUGAGACUGGGCCAUUAUGUCUACGAAACACAAACAGAUGUAAAUGGAGCAAAGAAUCCGCGUUGGAACAAGACUUUUCAAGUGUACCAGCUCCCAAAAGGAGUUAACACAGUCCAUGUUGAGAUCUUUGAUGAACGAACUCUAACUGAUGACGAGUUGAUUGCUUGGGUGAACCUUACCAUUCCAGAAGCAGUAUUCCAGGGUGAAACUGUGGAUGAAUGGUAUAGCUUGACUGGCAAGCUUGGAGAUGGUCAGGAAGGAACAGUAAAUAUUGUUAUGUCAUACUCUACUGCUCCAAUCCUGCCACAGGCACUGAGCAUGGGACAGGUAAUGAUGGUUCCACCAGGAUCAUAUUCAUACCCUGGAUAUACCUCUGUGCCUGUCUACACACUUCCACCUACUCAACACCUCCCUGUUGCUACUCCUCCACAACCAGUUGUCAUAUCUGAACAAGAUCUUAAACAGGUUGAGGAAAUGUUUCCUGCUGUGGAUGCUGAAGUUGUGAAAUCUGUACUGGAAGCCUCACGAGGGAACAAAGAAGCUGCCAUCAACUCCCUUCUCCAGAUGCAAGAUUCCUGAGCAUUUUUUCUUCUAACAAGAAUGAGCACCAUUUACACACACAUAUAUAUAUAUAUAUAAUGUGAAACUAAUAUUUUUUUUUUUAAGAACUAUAUUACCUCUUAUUUAAGUAAAAAAUUAUUUCUUUCCAAAUAUAGAUUAUAACUUUGCAUUUUUCAUAGUUUAAUCCAGGUUCAUUGACAAAUUUCUUGUUAAAUAUUUAUUUGUUAAUUACUUAGUAGAAAAGUGUAAUGUUUAAAAAGGCACACUUAGUUGUAUUAAUGUUUGUGUAUGGGUUUGUUACGAUUAACCAUUAUUUGGUUAUGUUGGUGGUGGUCGUGGUGCAGUGAACAUCUCUGCUGACACCAAGUAAUAAGUUAGCUGCAAUAUGUUGGUGGUGGUCGUGGUGCAGUGAACAUCUCUGCUGACACCAAGUAAUAAGUUAGCUGCAAUAUGUUGGUGGUGGUCGUGGUGCAGUGAACAUCUCCGCUGACACCAAGUAAUAAGUUAGCUGCAAUAUGUUGGUGGUGGUCGUGGUGCAGUGAACAUCUCUGCUGACACCAAGUAAUAAGUUAGCUGCAAUAUGUUGGUGGUGGUCGUGGUGCAGUGAACAUCUCUGCUGACACGAAGUAAUAAGUUAGGUGCAAUAUAUUUGAUCAUGUUAGCACUGUAUAACUCUUGUAUUGAGGGCAGAUUUUUUAUUUUGUUCCUUAUUUGUAUCUGAAAAUAUUAAAGUAUUUAUCUCAAAAGAA